AUGCAAAUUACAGACUCAGACGCUGUAUUCAAGGGCCUGAAGCCGACGUUGCCACAGAGGCCGCGGCGAUAUUAUACGCCAUGUCUUGUUUUCUUGAUCGUGGUUCGGCUGGAAAUGCUGUAUAGAGUCGUACAUGAUUUCCAAUGUACGGUGCAGGGCGUCGAGGCAUUUUUACCAUUUCUACUCGCCGUAUAUGACCUCUUCUUCAACCGAAAGGCCGCUGCUGUGGUUGAUCCCAACGAGCCCGAGGAUCCCUGGGGCAGCGUUUGGGACGACAUCAUAGCCUGGCUACAGGCUUCACAAAUGCCCUCCGCCUUCAUCAUUUUGCUCCUCAGCUACGGCGUCUUCUUGGGUGCCGAUUUUGCUCCUCGAUCGUCGUAUUUUUGUUCAACAGCAUCGGAUCAGACGGCUUGGGUCAUCUUCCUGCAAUGGGCGGGGGUGACCUUGGACGCCACGAUACUUGUCCUACUUUGGAGGAUUCUUUCGUGGACAAAGACAACCAAACUUCGAUUGCAGAAACUGAGCGGGAUAAUGACUGCCUCCUCCCUCGCAGCUGGGCUGCUAUGGGUAUUCGGGCGUCUUCUCCUGUCGCGACCGACUACGACGGGGCAAUCUUUUUUGGGCCUUGACACGAUUUUCAUCUUUGAUGUUCUCACUAAUGGCAUUGCCUUUGCAGUGGCGGUCGUUUCCGCGACUUUGUGGAUGUGUGAGUCGGCACCCUUGUCCAUGACGGCGACGACUACAUUCAUCUGUGGUGCUACGGCUGCAUUUCGGGAGAUUUUAUUGUUUGGGACAUACCAGCAAACAUCCCGAUUCUUGCCGCUGAUUGUGCUUGUCAUUGUUUCAACAACCUUUCCAUUUUAUACAUUCAUAGGGGGCAUGCGAUCUGUGCUCUAUAUUCCCAGAGUCCUACUUCUGCUCAUCAUGAUCACGCUGCUGAUCAUCGCAACUACCAUCACCAUGCUCAAGUCGCCAAUCAUUGACCGGCAUCCUGUCGGCGAGCUCGUCUACAAGAACCGUGUCGAGGCGGAUCGCUGGCUGCGGUAUGCAAGUGUAAGCACGACCUUGCACACGGCUGUCACAGAGUACAAGGAGCGGCAUCACGGCCGCGAUCCUCCGCCAAAUUUUGACAGGUGGUUCGACUUUGCACUCCAGAAAAAGUCUGUCAUUAUGGACAAGUUUGACCAGAUUGAGACGGACGUUGUACCUUUUUGGGGACUCAAGCCGUCCAAGAUCAAGGAAGGAUUAGAAACCGUCAAAACCUUGCCAGAUGUUGGCAUCAUUACAAUCGCCGCGGGCAAGGCCUCUCAUAGCCUGCCGGCGGAUCUUUCGCAAAAGCUUAUCCUCGAUGAACUAGUGUCUUUGAUCUCAUCAUUUUCUCAGCAUCUACCUGAGAUGGAAAUUGCUAUAAAUCUCAGAGAGAGACCACGAAUCUUGGCGCCAUGGGAUGAUAUUCAUCGCCUGGCGGAAAAGGGGGCAAGACCAAAGUCGAAACUUGAAAAGGUCCUACCCCAGGCUCUGUCCAAGCGCCUAGUCGAGGAUGUCAAGACACCGAGAGACUCGGCCACUGGCAGACCACUAGAGUAUGUCACAGCCCAGGACUUCCGCCGGCUCCAGGCUUUGGCUUGCCCACCCGGGUCCAAGACUAGAGCCAGCAUUACUUGGAAUGUCCGCGACCAUUGUGCAGCUUGCGCCGAUGCUCACUCGCAAGGGCAUAUUUUACAAGACUGGCAAUAUUCACUGGACCCCUGCCACCAGCCCGAUAUAUUCAAUCUACACGACUUUCACACUUUGCCACAUCAGUCUGACCUUUACCAAGAACUUCUACCGCUCUUUAGCGGAUCAAAGACGAGCAGUUUCAAUGAUAUUCUCCUACCAUUGAUUCGCCCAAAUAGCAACGAAAAAGUUGAUGAUGAUUCGCGUUUUGACUCGAAGAAGGAUCAUCUCUUUUGGCAGCAAGAACCACAACCGCAGCCCAUCACCCAUGAUAUGCUUCAUGGUGGACAUCGUAACCGACUGGUUCGCUUGAUUAACAACGCCACGGCAUUUGACAAGCAGUCCAUGCUCCUGGGCUUCAAAUCGGGCAAGGAUGUGAAGUAUGCCUAUGACGAAGUCGGGAUUCGUGCAGCCAAUAAACUAUUCGCAACGGAUAUCUCGUACAUCAAUGCUGCGGGUACGUGCGACAACCCAAAUUGCCAGCUUAUUGAGCGUGAGCACUUUGGCUUCAAGCAAAAGACUGAAGACCCUCUCCAUUCGAGCCGAUACUUUAUGGUUCUCGAUACUUCGGAUGGUCCGUCGCCUGACGUGUUGCCGGCACUUCAAUCCAAUGGAGUGCCCUUCAUUUCUACCAUCUUCCGCGAGUGGUUUACGGAACGGCUGAUGCCAUGGACGCACUUUGUACCAAUUGAUCUACGGUACCACGGCCUACACAGCACACUCGCAUACUUUGUGGGCCUCAAAGGCAAAGGCAAGAUAAACGGCCACGACCAGGUCCUAGAAGGAAGCGUUCAGGACGCCCGGUGGAUUGCAGAGCAGGGUCGCAAAUGGGCCGAAACAGCCAUCAGGCGAGAAGACAUGGAGGUAUACCUGUUUAGACUGUUGCUAGAAUGGGGAAGAAUCGUCAGCAAUGAUCGUGACAACCUUGGUUUUGUCUUGAAGGAGGGACAGCCAAAAUAG